AUGGGCGUGGAGAGCGGGAAGAACGGCCUUGCGACGUAUUACCGAGGAGCAAUCGAGCAGAUCGAUGUCAACCUCCGAGAGAAGACCAAGAAUCUUCGUCGGCUCGAGGCUCAGCGAAAUGAGCUGAACGCCAAAGUGCGGGCGCUGAAGGAGGAGCUGCAGCUGCUGCAGGAGCCAGGGUCGUACGUGGGCGAGGUGGUCAAGGUCAUGGGCAAGACCAAGGUGCUCGUUAAGGUGCACCCCGAGGGCAAGUACGUGGUGGACGUGGACAAGGGCAUCGAUUUGACGAAGCUGACGCCCAGCACGCGCGUGGCGCUGCGCAACGACAGCUACGUGCUGCACCUGGUGCUGCCCAGCAAGGUGGAUCCACUCGUGUCGCUCAUGCGCGUCGAGAAGGUGCCCGACUCCACCUACGACAUGAUUGGGGGGCUCGACCAGCAGAUCAAGGAGAUCAAGGAGGUGAUCGAGCUGCCCAUCAAGCACCCGGAGCUGUUUGAGAGCCUUGGAAUUGCCCAGCCCAAGGGAGUGCUGCUGUAUGGUCCACCCGGCACGGGCAAGACGCUGCUGGCGAGAGCAGUGGCGCACCACACGGACUGCACGUUCAUCCGUGUGUCGGGGUCAGAGCUCGUGCAGAAGUACAUUGGCGAGGGCUCUCGCAUGGUUCGCGAACUCUUCGUCAUGGCCAGGGAGCAUGCACCGUCGAUCAUUUUCAUGGACGAGAUUGACAGCAUUGGGUCGGCGCGCAUGGAGUCGGGCAGUGGCAACGGGGACAGCGAGGUACAGCGCACCAUGCUCGAGCUGCUCAACCAGCUUGAUGGCUUCGAGGCCUCCAAUCAGAUCAAGGUGCUGAUGGCGACCAACAGGAUUGACAUCUUGGAUCCAGCUCUGCUCAGGCCUGGACGCAUCGACCGCAAGAUUGAGUUCCCCAACCCAAGUGAAGAGUCUCGUGUGGACAUUCUGAAGAUCCACUCUCGCAAGAUGAACUUGAUGAGGGGCAUUGACCUUUCCAAGAUAGCUGGGAAGAUGAAUGGAGCGAGUGGUGCUGAGCUCAAGUUGAGUGCAUUUUACCUCCCAUCUCAAUUACGACGUGCCGCCAUGGCUCUCGCAUGCUCCAUGUCAUCAGCAGCAUCUACAUUGAAGCUGUCCCUCGCUCCUCCUAGAACAGCCUCCACCACACGCCGAUGCACCAUCAUCUGCCAAGCCGAGCCCAUCCGACGACCAGGACCCGUCGCUCCGCAAUCAGCGGACGCUCCAGCAGCCGCGGCUCCUGCCAGUCCGGCGUCCUCCGCAGCGGCCACUGUUCCGGCUGGUGUGACGGUGGAGUAUCAGCGGCAGGCGGCGAAGGAGAUGGUGGCGUACUUCCAAGAGAAGAAGUACGAGCAGGACGUGCGAGACGGGAAGGUGCUCGGCUUCACCACCAAGAAUGAGAUCGGCAACGGACGGUGGGCUAUGUUUGGUCUGGCAGUGGGUCUGCUCACAGAAUACGCCACAGGGGUGAACUUUCCAGACCAGCUCUACAUUCUGCUCUCCAAUUUUGGCAUUGUUGAUUAG